GACAGAGUCCUGUGUUGUCCCCGCCAAUGUUUCACAAGCCUGGGAGGAGGGCUUUGCAGGAUAAAUAGGCAGCAGCACCCGGGAAACUCCAGCAUCCGGGCAGGUGUCGCCUCUGGAUCCACUGCCCACAUCCCACUCUCACAGGCAGACAUGAGGGCAGAGAGAAUGUCCUCCCUCCUAGCUCUGGGGCUCCUGGUGGCUGGGCUCUGCUCCAGGGUCCACUGCCUCCCGGAGAAUGUGACCCCAGAAGAACAGCACAAAGGGACAUCUGUGGAUGGCCACUCAUUAGCCUCCAGCAACACUGACUUCGCCUUCAGCCUCUACAAGCAGUUGGCUUUGAAGAACCCCAAUAAGAAUGUCAUCUUCUCCCCUCUGAGCAUCUCCAUAGCCUUGGCCUUCCUGUCUCUGGGAGCUCAUGACCCCACUGUGAGGGAGAUCCUGGAGGGUCUCAAGUUCAACCUCACAGAGACCCCUGAGACAGAAAUCCACCAGGGCUUCCAGCACCUCCUGCAGACGUUCAAUCAGCCCAGAAACCAGCUGCAGCUGAGCGUGGGCAACGCCAUAUUUCUGCCAGAGGAGCUGAAGCUGUUGGACAAAUUCAGGAAAGAUGCAGAGGCUUUUUACGCCUCUGAGGUUUUAUCCAUCAACUUCAAGGAUUCUGAAGCUGCUGUAAAGCUUAUCAAUGAAUAUGUGAAGAAUAAAACUCAUGGAAAAAUUGAGAAGCUCGUCAAUGAUCAUGACCAGCUCACAAAUUUAAUCUUGUUGAAUUAUAUCUUCUUUAAAGCCCUGUGGAAGACGCCAUUUAAUCCUAACCGUACUUACGAGUCAGAGUUCCAUGUGAGCAAGAACGAGAGGGUGGAGGUACCCAUGAUGACCCUUGGCCUGGAAACCCCUUACUUCCGGGACGAGGAGCUGGGCUGCACGCUGGUGGAGCUCACGUACACCAGCAACGACAGCGCCCUCUUCAUCCUCCCCGACGAGGGCAAAAUGCAGGACCUGGAAGCCAAGCUGACCCCGGAGACGCUGACGAGGUGGCGAAACUCCCUGCAGCCCAGACAUAUACAUCGACUCAACCUGCCAAGGUUUUCCAUCUCCAGCUACUAUCAGCUGAAAGACAUCCUUUCCCAGCUGGGUAUCAAGAAAAUCUUCACCAGAGAUGCGGACUUCUCAGGAAUCACAGAUGACCACAAGCUGGCAGUUUCCCAGGUGGUCCACAAGGCGGUGCUCGACGUGGGCGAGGAGGGCACGGAAGGAGCUGCUGUCACAGCUAUCUUAAUGGCGACUUCAUCACGCGUGCCCACGCUCACUGUCAGUUUCAACAGGCCCUUUCUGAUUUCCAUAUUCUGCAAAGACACUCAGAGCAUCAUCUUUUUGGGCAAAGUCACCAACCCCAAGGAAGCCUAGAGCUGCCCUCCUCCCUAAGGAGCUGGGUGUCCAGGUCCCUGGAAGCAGCCUGGCCCCCUCUGCUCAUCCCUGGAAGGUGAGAGCGACAAUGCUAGGGGCUCCAGGUGCACGGGGCCUGUAUGUCCUGGUGACAAGGAGGCUCUGAGCCACAGAACAGCAAUAAAGCACCUUCCUUGGA